AUGGAAAAUUUAGAAAAUAAAGAAUCAAUUGAAAUUAUAACUAAAGAAACAUUAGAAAUUAAUAUUAAUAAAAAUAAUGAAAAUGAAGAAUUAAAAAAAGAAUUAAAUGAACAAUUUAAAUUAUCAUAUGAACAAGAAUCAUAUUUAAAACAACAAUUAUUAAAAUAUUCAGUACAAGAUGAGGUUAAAAUUUAUUUUAGCAAUUCACAAAAUGUAACUGAAACAUUAUUUUUAAAAUUUUUAUUUGGACAAUUAACAUCGAUUCCUUUGUUGACAUCAAAGCAACAAGCAAAGAUUAGAUUUCAACAAUUGAUUGAUAGAUUACCACAUAUUAUAAUUCAAUCACAAAUUGCCACCAAACAAGAGACCAAUGACCAAUUUAGAAAGUUUGUGGUGAAAUGUUUUGAUAUUGCAUUAAGAACACCACAGGAGAAGCAAAAAGAUAAAACAUUAAAGGUGUUCAAAGACUAUAAUAAAGAGGAAUGGGAGCGUUUGCAAAAGUAUAAACCAGAUAAAAUUGUAAAGUUGAAACAACAAGACACCCUAGAGGAUAUUGAAGAUGAGAAGGAGGAAGAGAAAAGAAAGAACAAUAUCUACGAUGUCGAGCGUGAUGAAACCAUCGUUAGAUUACAACGUCGUCUAACAGAGGUGACUCAGGUGAUCGUCAUGAACAUUGAGGAGCGUAAUAAGGAGGGUGGCUCAUCGACCAAUGGUAUUGGCUAUUUGUUUGGUACAAUACUUCAAACAAAGAAUGUCAAGGAUUUGCCACCGGAUCUAUCAGAGUUUAUACAGAUUAUGAUUAAGAUUCUAUCACUUUGGAUGGAGAGAGAGAUGAGGGACCCAAAACAAGUCACCAAAUUAAAACGUCUAUACAUGAUAACCCCAAUCACUGCGAUCAAAGCAUCCCUCAAUAUCGCCAAUCCAGUUACACUCUUGAAAGGUAUGAUUUUAAUGUUUUUAGCCAAACCAUUUGGUGCAAGAAAUUUAAUGCAAACCAUUUGUUCCGUAAUGGUUGAGGCGGCAAAAACUGAACGUACCGCAAAGAAAGCUCAUAAAAAGGCCGAACAAGAUUUAUCCGAUUUAAAACAUGCCGUACGUAAACAAGUUUUAGCAAAAAUUAAAGGAUUCGCUUACAAUUCUCAUCAUGUUUCCGAUGCCGCUGGUUCACCCAUUUUACAAUUCAAAGAGAUUCCAUCGGCAAUUUCAAUACUUCAAUAUCAAUGGCCAGGUUCUCCAUCAUUGGAUGCUUCAAUCUUACAACAAUUGAAUGAAGAACAAUUUAAAUCACUCUUUGAGUAUGCAAAAUUAGAGAAAAGAAAAAAGGAGAAAGAAGAUUUCGUUGAAAUACUUGGUAAUGAAGAGAUGAUUGAAAUCAUUCGUGAACUCUUACCAGUACUCUAUGAACCAUUGGGUAAAUUAUUUUGUAAGGCUAAUAUUGGUAAUCACUUUGAACGUUUAGCAAGAGUCAUUAAAAAAUUAAUUGUUGCAGCUGAAACUGGUAAUUUAGUUGGUGAAGAUGAAGUAGAUGAUUUCGAAUUAAGUGGUGAUGAAAUCACUGAUGAUCAAUUUGUAAAUGGAGGUGGUAGUAAUAGUAGUAGUAAAUCAAAUAGUAUUAAUAAUAGUGCUAGUAAUAGUUUCAAUAAUGGUACACCUUCUGAUACCUUUGUAAUACCACCUCAAACUGAAGAAAAAAAAGGUUUACUUUCAAAAUCUUUAGGUUGGUUUAAAUCAAAAACUACCUCAACCACCAAUACAAAUGCCAAGGCUUCAACUCAACCUUCAACUCCAAUUAAAAUUGGUAUUGAAUCAACUAGUCCAAUAAAUGAUAGUGGUCAUAUUGAUAGUGGUGAAUUCUCAAUUGAUUCUCCAUCUGAUUCACCAAUAAUUGUUACUUCAACUACAACCUCAACAACUACUACAACUACAACUACUACUCCAACAGUUGUUGUAUCACCAAAUCCAAAAGAAUCAUCAAUGUUUACAAAAUUCACAAGUGAUAUUAGUGAUUUUUUAGGUACAAAUACAGAUAAUCAAAAAGAAAAGAGUAAAAAUAUUAAAAAGAAAUUCAAAAAAGAUAGAAAACAAGCAAUUACAAUGGCAGAAAGAUUAGUACUUUUUGAAGAGGUUAAUACAACUUUAAUGGAAAGAAUCUAUGAAUUAAUUCAUGAAUUGGUUGUUGCAGAUGCAAAGAUUCAAUUUGAUUCACCAGUAUUUCAUUCAGCAGAUUCAUCAUCAUCAAAUCCUGUAUCACCAAUUCCAAAUGGUGAAAAUAGUGAUCAAAAAUCAACAUCAGAACAACAACCACCACAACAAGAAACAGAACAAAAAACAGGUUUAUUAUCUUUAUCACUUUGUUGGUUAUUAGGUUUAUUACAAUUUUUAAAGGAUGAAGAAGUUGAUGUUUCAAAACAAAUCUUUGACCCACUUUCACCAAAUUUAAAGAAAUUAAUUAUUGCAGAAUUAGAUAGUGUCAUACAAUAUAGAGAAUGGAGAAUGGAAGUUGGUAAUAAAGAAGCAACAAAGAAAAAUAUUGAAAAGGAUGAAAAAAAUAAAAAAAAUAAAAAUGAUAAAAAAGAUUCUGAACCAGAACAAAAAGAAAGCGAAAAAGAAAAAGAUAACAAAGAAGAACAAGAAGAAGAAGAAGAAGAAUUUGAUUUAGAAAAGGAAAAGAAAGAAAAGAGACCAGUUUUAGAAUAUCUUCCAACUUUAGUUGGUCCAUUUUUAUCAUUAAUAAGUGAACGUUUGGGUCGUUUAGGUGAUCCUUCAAAAUAUUCUCUUAGAAAUAUCUCAACUGAUAUUGGUGAAAUUAAAUUGGACGAUCCUGAUACCAUAAAAACAAAUUAA